UAACAGGCCUGUUACACUAGAUAGUUCCCUCCUCAUCCCCAGUGUAACAGGUCUGCAGCAUUACCAAGCUUCUGUACCCAGCCUCUGUAUCACUGGCUGUGUGAGGAGUCUUCCUAUUGGAUCAAUCAGGUGGUAGUAUCGGAGAGGCUCCAGCACACUGGUGUUAUCCCCUGUGUGGAGUGUGAUGGUACAACUAGGGCUGCCUGCCCACCCUCACCCUUGUUCAGUGUAUGGAAGGUAUCAUACUAUAAGUGCCACUGUUUUACUGUGGAUAGGAUUUUUUUAACACCAAAGGUGAUGGAUUUAUUCGUUAAACAAUAAUGGUUUAACUUAGACAGAUACUACCAAAUGGUGGACAAACAUGCCACAAUAUAUGGAGACACCUGACUAUAGACCUAUAAAGAUGGAAUCUAUCAUUGACGCAGGAACUGAAAAUCCCUAACGUGUGGUCAGGUGAUCAGGAGAAACUGACAAUCACGGUGUUCUGGCCAGCAAUGGUCAGUUACAUUAAAUGGGUAUUAUGGUACACUAGUACCGAUCACUUUAAAAGGUGAACAUUUCUGAUAGAUUUGUCCAUGAUCAACAAGUGUGGGAACUGUUCAAGGUCAACAAUGUGUUACAAAGUUCAUAACGUAUGAGAGAACUGUUCAAGACUGACAUUUCAAGAUCAACAGAUGCUCUGGUAAAAAGUUCAAGGUCAACAUAUGUGAUAGAACAGUUCAAGUUCAAUAAUUCUGAAAGAAAGUUCAAGGUCAUUGUGGUCAAGACAGCAAUUUACUUUCCCCAAUUCACUUAGAAGAAUUCAGGGCAAUAUCUAUGAAAUAAAAGCUCAAAGUCAGCAUCUUCAAUAUGACAGCAGCUUAAGAUGGACAUUUCCAUAAUAGAACAGAUCUGUGUGGAUGCCUCAGUAUGAGAGGCCCAUUGCCUUCCGAUCGUGUUUGGACACUAGUUGACUCUCCAUUAUACAGCUACCAGUACAGCCAGUGUCUUGCUCUCUAUUAACCCUCUGUAUUCUCUGCCAGAUAUUUACUGUCAAUGUUAAGUGAGGAAUUAUUAUAGACAAGGCACCAAGGAUCAUUGGAUUUCGUGGAUGAAUAUCAUACAAGGUGUUUGAUAGACAGCGAGGCGGUGAAAUGCUCGCUACCGGCCACAAUCUGUAGAAAGAGGUUAAUAGAGCCACUUGCUCGUCAACGUUAACACCCUAAUGCAUGGCCGUGACGCCGAGGAGCUUCCAACACUCCUACGGCAAGAGUCUGGUAUAACCAUGGUGUGACAACACGCUCAGGCCUAACUCUUGCAUUCGACCAACGUACAACAGGGGUGCCACAUCUCACACUCACUACAAGGCUAAUGGUGUGACAUUCUGGAGCCUGCAAUCGAAACCGCCAAUCUUGAUAUACAUACUAGACUAGACAAAGAUAUACACCAGACAAGAAGAACAUUUAGAUAGUCGGUAGGAAUGAACAAUGAACCAUAGCCUGCCAGCCGGAGGGACUGGUAAUCAAUAGAACCAAACAAAUCUCCAAUCCAACUGUAUUCAUUCUCAUUACCACACCAUGUUGUUACGACCACUCCAACUGUUGUAUAUGGCUCCUGUACCAAUUACUGGAAAUUCAGACUAAUAUUGAUGUGAUACAUCUAUGGAAAUGAAGUCUCUUCUAUAAAUAUAUUGAAUUAUUGUUUUUGAAAGCAAAGCCUUCAAUCUUAAAGAAGGAAGCAUUAAGAAGAAUCAAGUUAUAUCAAGCACAAAUGUUUGAUAAAGGAGACAACUUGAAAUGUGACCAACUCCAUCCCUGAAAAUGUGGAGUGAACGCCAGCAAUGCAGCUUGUGUAAUAUAAAAGUCUGGCUUUAUGUCAUGAUGAUGGUGUUGCCUCUGUGUUGUCCUGACAAACGGCUGGACACCGAGUGGAAUCCACCAUUUUGUCCCAAGCAGUGUUCGUGUAGGAUGAGUCGGUAUGAGCCACCCACACAAGGCAAACUCAUGAAGACAAUCAACUGCUCUGAGGCAGGACUGGGAUCAGUCCCCAAGAACCUUCCCAACCAAGUGGAGGUGAUUAUGCUUAAGGGCAACAGAAUCAAAUAUCUUAAAAUAAGGGAAGCUCUGAACUACUUAAAGCAUUUUGAUGUAUCCUCAAAUAGAAUAUCCAAAAUAGACAACAGACUUCAAAAGUUAACCCAUUUAAAGUCGCUUGAUCUUCAGAACAACAGUUUGACUUACUUAGUAAAUGGUCAGUUCAGUGGUCUCAAAUUCCUGGCUUAUCUUGACCUGUCCAACAAUGUCUUACAUUCCAUAGAGAAGCACUCGUUUGGAGGACUUAACUACCUCCAGCGACUCAAUCUGGAGGGCAAUAAGUUGUCUUUCCUGGAGCGCGAGUGGUUCCUCAGCAUGCCGUCACUCAGGUGGCUGUACCUCUCAAGGAACAUCCUGCGAAAUAUAGAACCAAACAUGUUUGAGACUCUGUCGAACCUAGCAGAGCUCCGGCUGGAUCACAACAACAUAUUCAAUAUAGGUGAGGAUGCAUUCCAAGGAAUGACAGAGUUAUCAACAUUAGACAUAUCCUUCAAUAAGUUAACUAGGGUUCCGGAGUGUAAAAUUCUAUCUCUAGACAGUCUACAGUGUCUGUAUCUGGAUGGAAACCCUAUCUACAGGAUCAGCCGAGGUGCAUUCAAAGGUCUUAAUGUUUCCCUCAUCAGAGCCCGCUACAUGCCAAAUCUAAAUGUCAUUGAAAAACAAGCCUUUAAAAAUCUUCCCAAGCUUCAAAUUUUGGAGCUUCAUGAUAAUCCAAUGCUCAUUUAUGUUGAUUCUGAUGCUUUUAGUAACGUUCCACGUCUCAAGAGUUUAUACCUACAUAACAACCGACUGUUGGCUGUGCCUCGCGCCAUAAGGACAGGGCUACCUUCACUGGAAAAAAUUCAUAUUUACAAUAACAAUCUCAGAUGUGACUGCAAUGCCUACUGGAUAAGGCAAGAGCUGGUGAAGGAGGAACAGCAACCUAAUUAUACAUCAGUUAUGUACGAUGAAUCUGUAUUAAGUUGUGAUUCUCCGCCGAAUUUAUCAGGACGGCUACUGAAAAUGCUUCCAAAGAAAGCAAUUAACAAGACCUGUGCUCCCUCUGCUCUGCCUUUGUUUGGAACCAGCUACAAUAUCAGUGUUGGGGAGGAGCUGAGACUAGAGUGCCAUGCCCUUGGAGUCCCUGACCCCCAGAUAAAGUGGCGACUCCCUAACGGGACAAUGUUGUCAGGCUCAGUAAGGUCAGGGAGGGUACAGGUGUUGGCGAACUGUACUCUGAUAGUACGACACCUGAGGCCAUCGGACAGCGGCACCUACUUGUGUAAGGCAAUGAACCAGAAUGGGUUCGAUAUCAGCUCAACAUCGGUCAAGGUGAACAACAAACCAAUCCAAAUCAUUCCCUCCAGCAUUGCUGGGGACUAUGUGACAAUCAUGUGGAGCGGGACCACAUACCGGUCAAUGAUAUCUGACUACCAAAUACACUACCGGAUACCCUCAUCCAGCGUACAGUACAACACCAUCCACUUAAGCCAGUUUGCCACCAGUUACACAUUUCCCGACCUUAAACCCCUGACAAUGUACGAGUUCUGCAUCGUUUAUGUGUAUGACACGGAACAGUAUACAGUGGACUGUGUCAAUGUUACAACUACACAGCCAGUUGAACUACCUGUAGGAAUCACCCGGAUAGACAAACGCAUUAUCAUUGGUUCAUGUGCUGCCAUUUUGCUAGCUGUUGCACUUGGUUGUGUUAUUGCUAUCGCACGGCGAUUUCGGAGGCACAAAGAAUACCUGGAACCUUCUAGUCACGAGAAAAGUGAAACUAUGGCACAUAUUCCAUUGGACAACUUCUACAACCCCCCCACAACACCUUUGUGUUCUUCUCGAACUUCCCUAAUCAGUGCUCAAGACUAAAAGUUUUCACGCUCCCUGAAUUAAAAGGAGGUACCACAUUCCUAGGUUCCAAUGCCAAGAGUUAAUCAAAUGUGAAUCAACAGAAAAUUAUGUGUAUUUUUUUUUUAAUGGAGAAUGUAUCAAAAGAUAAACUAAAUGUAGCAAUACAUUGGAUAGAAUUAAGGGGAGAUAACACGACAAGAUUGAAGCAUAUAUUUAUGAAUAGUAUACUCCAGCUUAUAAAGUAAUGGAAAAGGUGAUGAUACUGAAAGAGUGAAUUCCUUGAGUUCCCAUGAAGGUUAAUUGUAUGCUGUACCAGACAGCUGUUUAAUAUGUACAAAGUUCUAACGUUAUAUGAAUUAUAAAGAGGAGAGUAUGAGGUGAAAAUGUCUCAGAAUUUUUUUAAUUGGUAUCAUUAUAUUGCUAUGUGACGUGAAAAAAAAAAUUACAUGUACUUUUAUUAAAUCUGAGAAUGAUGAGACUUAUAAUAACAAAAAUAUGCUUCUAUUGUAUUUAAUGUCUCCAUAUUCUCUGACCCUAGUAAAUGUAUGACUUCUAACAAUAAUUGGUGGUGCAGAACUUGAUGAUUUGGUUAAAAGUUGGAAAAAGGACACAAGAAAUCAUGAUAACAGUAGGGAUUCUCAAUACCAUUUUAAUUUUCUAAGUUAAUAGAAGUAAAUGUAUAAAUAUGAUACCUGCUGAAUUCCCAGAGUUUGGGAAGUCUUCAAGCAGGCAUUGUUAUUACAAAGAGUGUAGCAGGUAUGACACUAAGGACAAGGUGAUGUGCAGUCUCACGUGAGAUCUGUCGUCUAUCCGUUAUCCCAAUUAGUGAGAUAAUGCAUUAUAAACAUUCAUUCUGUGCAAUUAAAAUGCCAUUCACCUCCGUUCAAUCUAUAAUUCAGCAGUGAUGUGGUUAUCAUAAGCCGAAUUGACACACACAACUGUACCGAUAAAAAGUCACGUGACCUGUCAACGUGUCCCUAAAGGGUUAAUAAAAAGUGUUGAUAAUGGCAAAAUUUGAGUAUUGAAAGGAAAUCCCUCUUUCAGCUCAUAAAUAGAUUAUUCAAUCAGUAAAUUAGUAGUUACCAUAGCAGGAGGUAUCCCACCCUGUUCUUAUACUAGAAAUUUUACAUAUGGUAAGAUUUUAGUGCUAAGCUAUGUUUUUAGAUUAUUUUAGUAUGCAGUUAAAUUUCAAACCACUCUUUCUAUAUAACACUAGUAAAAAUCUGUACCGACUUUUCUUAACUUUUGAGAGCCUUAAUAAUCUCUUGCACAAUUCAUCACAAUUUUCUUUAUAUAAUGAUCCUGCAGUUACAUUGUACUUUCAGCGGACAACAAUUACAGUAUGUCACAUUUAAGGAGUACAGAUUAAAAUUAUAUUUCAGUAAUCAAAAUUUUUUCUUAUUUAUCAAAGUACUUAUAAAGUGAAAAACGAUUUAAUUAUUAUUUAUCUGAAUGAAACUUAACUUUACCGUUAAAAGUGGGAUGAUAAUGACUCUAAAAUUAGUCAAAGAAAUAUAAAUGGGGACCAAUUAUGAUAAUGUUUAUACCAUAAAAAGAUGGACAAUGUUUUAUGUUGGAAAAAAUGCUUUUACAAGUUAAUUUUUAUAACACAUUCAAAUUAUUUUAAUGUACUUAUUUUCAGAUAUGAUGUAUAAGGAAAUUAGAAAAUAUUAUAAACAUGUUUACUAUGUCAAUAAUGCGCACAGUUGUCAAUAAUUAGAUAAAAAUGGUCUGAUAUGGCAAUGUUACGUGUUGGUCUGUUUCUAACUGAACACUAAGUCAGUAUUAUCUCAUCUCACACUUUAUCAUUGGUUAUUACUGAUAAGUAAUCAAUUUGUUGUAAGGUGUCAUGAAUGAGGCUUUAAUUAUUUCUGUUAACUGUUUCAAAUAUGACUACAAUUAUUAUAUACAUGUAUAAAUUGUCAAUAUUAUAAGUACAUGUGUAUACCUAUAAAUUAUCUAUAAUGAUACGGUGCUCAACUUCACCCCACCAUUAUACUUUUACAAUAUUACAUUAUCUGAGGUAAUGCAUCCUCGCUAACCAAGGGUUACUCUACGCUAAUUUGAAAUUGAGCUUAGCGUAUAGACAGAGACCUAUAUAGGUCUCUGGCGUAGAGUACCCUUGGUUAGCAAAGAUGGAGGUUAUGGUACAUGUAUCUUGUACAUAAAUUUAGCUGGCUCAAGCUUUUACAAUACAGUAUCCCCUACCAUAUCACAUUAUCUAAUUAGGUAAUGGUAUAUGUAUCUUGUACAUAAAUUUAGCUGGCUCAAGCUUUUACAAUAUCAUUUCUGAAGUAGCUUCUGUGGGGUUAAUUAGUAUUGGUAUCUAGGUAUGUCCAUCAAAAACAGUAGGAAUAAUAAGAGUACAUUGUUAUAUCACCAAUUAGUAUCACUAGUUAGGACUUAAUGCACAUAUAUGUUUUUUCUAUAACAUGGGGACUCAGUGAUAUGUCACCAUUUCUGUUGUUACUUAUAAACUUAUUAUUUUUUGUUUGUUAAGACAUUAAAAAAUGGCAGUUUGAUCUUUAACUAUGCCAAAUCUAACAGAAGCCAGCAUAUUUGAAUGAAUUUGUAUAAUUUUUUGUUUCCAUAUUAAAGAAAGAAUUCAGUAUUAUUAAGAAUAUAUAUCUUUCAGAACAUUGUUAAAUAAUGAUUACCAUAUUCAACCUCAUAAAAACACUUUGCACUUACAAAAACACAUCAAAAAGGGUGUGGUUGAUAAUACCAGGUACAGGGAAAAGUUUUAAUGAAAAUCUGUGUGGAAAAAUAACUCUUUUUUCACAUACGUACCAUUAUGUAGCAAACCCAGAGUCGUGGAUUAAAAGACUGAAGUUUUUAUAUGUUUAAAUUAGAGCACACACAUUCUUUUUUCCAAAAAAAAGUGGGGGUACAGGUGCACUUAUAAGGUUAAAUAUGGUAUUGAGAAAAAAGACACAAAUACACAUCUCAUUUCAGCCCAUUCUCUCCACUGCUGACAUAUUCUAACAGUGAUAUCCUAAUAUUACUAGUCUGUACUGACAAUGUUCUAACAGUGAUAUCCUAAUAUUACUAGUCUGUACUGACAAUGUUCUAACAGUGAUAUCCUAAUAUUACUUGUCUGUACUGACAAUGUUCUAAUAGUGAUAUCCUAAUAUUACUUGUCUGUACUGACAUAUUCUAAUAGUGAUAUCCUAAUAUUACUAGUCUGUACUGACAAUGUUCUAAUAGUGAUAUCCUAAUAUUAGUAGUCUGUACUGACAAUGUUCUAAUAGUGAUACCCUAAUAUUACUAGUCUGUACUGACAAUGUUCUAACAGUGAUAUCCUAAUAUUACUAGUCUGUGUACUGACAAUGUUCUAACAGUUAUAUCCUAAUAUUACUAGUCUGUACUGACAAUGUUCUAAUAGUGAUAUCCUAAUAUUACUAGUCUGUACUUACAUGUUCUAACAGUGAUAUCCUAAUAUUACUAGUCUGUACUGACAAUGUUGAAGUUCUGGAAUCAAAAUUGUGUGAAUGUAACAAAGAUUUCAGAUAAAUUCUUGUCAUUCUAUUUGUUUUAUCAAUCACAAACAUUAAAGAGUAUGUCAUACAA